AUGGUGCCACAAUGGGAGUUUUUGGUCCGAUUUCUGGGCCAAGAUGACCGGACCUACCUCGCCUCCCUACCAUCACUAGAAGCUGUUUGCGAGAUAGUAAACUCCACUAUAACAGGCUUUAUUUCUUAUCAAGACCUGCUCAACCAGAAAGGGACAUCUGUCAAGGUUCAGAAGGUGCGGCUAUGUUCAACCUGGAGUGCUUCAGAAUUAGAUUUCCAAGUUUAUGCCAUACUAACUGAAAGGGCCGAUCUUCGCCUACAGCUCACUGUACCCCUCGAUCCAGUUAUGUGGUAUAAACCCAAGAGAGCUCUGGGAGGACCUGGCGAUAUUUCAGUACCACCUACGGCAGCAGAGAAUUUCCUUGAUUUCGAAGGGGAACUUUGCAUCGUCCUAUCGCGUGACGCUCGGGACGUCAAAGUGGAAGAUGCUUCCGAUUACAUCCUUGGGUUCACCGUUGGAAAUGAUCUGACUGCUCGGGCCUAUCAGGACCCCAAGCGUAGUGGAGGACAGUUCACUCGGUGCAAGGCCUUUGACGGCUUUGCGCCUCUAGGUCCAGUUCUCACAAAUGGGGAAACAUUCGGCGCCUUGAAGGAUAAGAGGAUUGUCACAAAGGUAAACGGAAAGGUGUUCCAAGACAGCCCUUGCGACAUGAUACAUAGUCCAGAAACUCUAAUAAGCUUUCUUUCUCAAGGAACGACAUUGCCAGCAGGCACAGUGAUAAUGACAGGUUCGCCCCCAGGAAUUGGCUACUUCCAGAAUCCAAAGUAUAGCUUAAAGGACGGAGAUGUUGUUGAAGUAACUAUAUCAAAUAUUGGCACGUUGAGAAAUGUAAUGAUCUUCAAAUAG